AUGGGAAACAGCCAGGGAAAGCCCGUCGAUCUUGACGGCGAAGUGAACCUGAAUCACUUCCGUCUUCUGCGGGUAGUCGGUCGAGGUGCCUUCGGCAAGGUGCGCAUUGUCGAGCGAAAAGAUACCGGUCUAUCAUUCGCCCUGAAAUACAUUAGAAAAGAUGAAGUUGUACGUUCCGAGAGUGUUAGAAAUAUCAUCCGAGAGCGGCGAAUGCUCGAACAUGUCAACCACCCUUUUAUUUGCAACUUGCGAUACAGCUUCCAGGAUAUCGAGUAUAUGUACCUGGUUGUUGACCUCAUGAGCGGCGGUGAUCUACGUUUCCACAUCUCGAGAAAGACGUUUACCGAAGCGGCGGUAAGGUUUUGGAUCGCAGAGCUUGGCUGUGCCUUGCGCUACGUCCACGGGCAAAACAUCAUCCACAGAGACAUCAAGCCCGACAACGUGCUUCUCGAUGCUGAUGGACAUGUCCAUUUAACUGACUUUAAUGUUGCUUCGGACAUUGUGCCGGGAAGAAAAUUAACGAGCAAGUCCGGUACCUUGGCAUACCUUGCGCCAGAAGUCUAUGCUGGCAAGGGCUACGAUGUCCGUGCUGAUUGGUGGUCGUUGGGUGUUUUGUUCUACGAGUGCAUUUAUAACAAGAGGCCAUUCGAGGGCAACUCCGAAUCAUCACUCAGCCAGACUAUCCAAGCCGCCAACCCCAAAUUCCCCGUCACACAGCCUCCAGUCCAGCUAGACUGUAUGUACGCCAUAAAGGACGCUUUGGAGCACAACCCGGACAAGCGUAUGGGUCACACCUGGGAGAGCUUCAUUUACCAUGACUUCUUCUCUGUCAUCGACUUUGACGCACUGGAGAAGAAGCAAAUAGAGCCAGUGUUUAUUCCGUCAUCGGAGAAGACGAACUUCGACGCUACAUACGACUUGGAGGAGCUUCUUCUGGAAGAAGCACCACUAGAAGCCCGGGCAAGGAGGCAGAAGCCGCGCGAGAAGCUAAAGGAUGACGCCACAGACAAAGAGGUUCGCGAAGAGGAGCUCUAUCAGAUGAUUGAGACCGACUUCCGUCCCUUCGAUUACACAUUAGCUGCCUACAAGAAAAUCACCGAGUCACAAGCCGAGACACCCAACGGCCAGCCUACCCCCGUGACAGACGAAAACGCGCGCCCGGCACAAGCCCUAACAACAGACGAAGCGACACAGAUGACCUCGCACGCGCACUCAAACUCGCAAGCGACACAGAUGACCUCGCACGCGCACUCGCACUCGCAAGCGGUCCAAACCCACCACCCCAACGGCAGCCGCUCCUCCUUCCAACCCCCCAAUGCCCCCAGCGGACAAGUCGCUCACGACCGAAAUGCCCCAGAGCGAAGCAACUCGAUUCCGAAGGCCCCAGAACGGAGCAACUCGAUGCAAAGCGCCCAUUCACAUUCCCACGCCUACAACGCCUACGACUCGCAACGGGCCGCCGUCGGCCCCCGACCUACCAGUUCGCACCGCCCAGGCCGCAGCGGCGGCGUCCCGCCCGGCCGUCCCCCGCCAUUGCCUCCUUAUCCUCAAGCAUACACCACCCCCGCUCGUCAGGGCCGAGCACACGGAUCAUCGUUGAUGGUAGGAAGUCCGACGGGGGGUGUGCAAGUUACGCUGGAUGGAGGGGGUAGCUGGAGCGACUUGGCGAGGCAGGAUGCCACACUGCCGGUGGAUGCGGCAGCCGCACAUGGUGAGGGGGCCAGUGGUGGGAAAGAAAGCGGAGGUGGAGGGAUUUUUGGAUUGUUUAGAGGGAAGAAGGGGAGGGGGAGCAGCCCGAAGCCGAAGGAGAGGGGAGUUUUGGGCAAGGAGGGGGCUAGGGUUGUUAUUGGUUAA